AGCGGAGUAGCUUUAGUUUCCAGUCCCGUAUCCCAGGCGCAGUGGUCUGCGAUCGAGCCCUAGCCCCGGAAUCACCAUGCCUCGCUCCUUUCUAGUCAAAAAACAUUUCUCCACCAGCAAGAAACCCAACUACAGCGAGCUGGAGAGUCAGACAGUGAUUGUGUCUCCCCACUUGUAUGACCAAUCCUACCCGAUGUUGGCCAUUCCAGCACCAGAGGUCCUCAGUCCAGCAAUGUGUUACCCUCCACUGGUCUGGGAUAGUGGGCUGCUCUCUAGCUUCUUUACUCCCAUGCCAGCGGCUGCUUCUGGACCCCCAGAAGAGCCUAAGGCCCUGGACCUGACUUCUCUGUCCAGUGAUGAUUAUGACAGUGGCAAGGGAUCAGAUCCCCCAAGCCCAGUCUCCCCUGAGGAAGAGGCAGAGAAAUUCUCCUGUGGUCAGUGCCCUGAAUCCUACACCACCUUGCCUAGCCCCUCGAAACACCAGCAGCUCCAGCAAAGUGAAGAUGCCCAGCCUAGAAAGUCCUUCAUCUGCAAGGUCUGUGAGAAGGAGUAUGUGAGCCUUGGUGCCCUCAAAAUGCACAUCCGAAGCCACACACUUCCUUGUGUCUGCAAGAUUUGUGGGAAGGCCUUUUCCCGGCCCUGGCUGUUGCAGGGUCACAUCAGAACCCACACAGGGGAGAAGCCGUUCUCCUGCACGCACUGCAGCCGAGCCUUUGCUGACCGCUCCAACCUCAGGGCCCACCUGCAGACCCACUCGGACGUCAAGAAGUACCAGUGUAAAAGCUGCUCUCGGACUUUCUCUCGAAUGUCCUUGCUCCACAAGCAUGAGGAGGCAGGCUGCUCGGGUUCCCGCUGAAAGAUUGCAUAUUGAGGGAGGUCCCGGGCACAAGGUGCCCCACCACGGCCUGAAGUCUCCCUUUCUCCCCUGCCAGCAACCCUUCCCAAGUUGUGAAAGAGCCAAGUGAAUAUUUGCCAUUAUGAUUUUCAAGGGGGAAAAAAAGCUUCUAUAGGAAAUUGCUCCCCUGUGUUAACUCCAGCUGCGGAGCAACAUCCCAUGCCACCCCACACACUCUCCCUCCACCCACCUUCCCCCGCCCCAACUUGCUGCUUCAGUCCUUAAUGAAAGGAACUGGUGACAAUUUUCCUCCGCCCCCUCCCCCACCCCACCCCCUUUUGGACUCUGUCUUUUUUUUUUUUAAAGGCCGUUCGGGCAUUUCCUGACUGUAGUUCACAAUUUGAACCGUGACAGUUGUAGCUGGUGUCUGAAAUGUCGCUUACAGUCAGUCUCAUGGGGAUGUUGUCAGCCUCCUCCAGUGAGGGGGGUGUGGAGGGGAGGAGUGAUUUUUUUUUUCCUUUUUCUUCUUUUGGUGCUUUUAAACCAAGUCUGCUGGACACUAUUCCUAUUCAAAAUCCUACAAAUUUCAAUGCCUCACCCCCUUCUGCUAAGAUGAAGGACAAAAAAAGCAAUCAGGGGGUGUCCCAAUGAACCUUCAGGGUGGGUUCUGAGGGUCUGUCUGCUUCUAUCUGGAGGAAGUCACUAUAUGUUCUAAAGGUGUAACUAUGCACUUGGCCAGCCAUGGUCCAGCUGCCAGCCACAAUGAUGGACCCGUGGGAUGCCUGGGCCAUUGACAACCUCCCCAAGAAGCAUGAGGAGCCAUUUCAAGUCUGAAUCCCUAUUUCUAGGAUAGUUCUUAGCUGGAGCACCUGUUAAUAUGACUAAUAGUAAGCACUUGUCAAGCCAUACAAUAAGGGGGCUGUGCAGGGCCUGGCCCACUGACAGGUGUGUCCUCAGCUAUUUAUGGUGCCAGACAGGUGCACCAAGUAGGGAUCUCUGCCUGUUAUUUUUUUUUUCACAUACUCAGAAGAUGUUUACAUUUCAAAGGUACACUGGUAUUUAUAUUUUUAUGCCACAUUUUGUACUGAUGAAACAUUUUUAUAA